CCGCGAAGGGCUUACGCGGACUCGGAACGGAACGCACGGUUUUGAAUUUCGAAAACGUUUCGCCGCGCCUUUUGUUUUUUUUUUCUGUGCAUGCCAGUGAUACGCUACUGAUUUUUAAAUAAGUUUGAAUUUAUAAUUUCGAGUGUUUUUAAGAACUUUUUGACUUACGUGGACUCUAAAAAGUUUUGAUUAACUUUGCAAGUGACGAUCAUGACUUUAUUGAGUUGAAUAAUGAUAAUUUAUGCAAACUUUGAGGUUGCGUAAUUUUCAAUAAGUUGCAGAUAUUUUAAUCUCCUAGAUAUUGACACCGCCACCCAGAUGCCGCAUACAGGGCAAGCCGGCGUGAACCAACUAGGGGGCGUCUUCGUGAACGGGCGCCCCCUGCCCGACGUGGUCCGUAAAAGGAUAGUAGAACUGGCCAUCAUGGGGGUGCGGCCGUGUGACAUCAGCAGACAACUGCUCGUCUCCCAUGGAUGCGUCUCCAAGAUCCUGACGAGGUUCUACGAGACUGGGUCGAUUAGACCUGGGUCCAUUGGCGGGAGCAAGACUAAGGUAAGAGCGUAA